GUUUGCAAUACAACGUCCAUAACUGAAAAAUAAAUUGGGCACAUGGGUCGUAGUAAAUGUUCAAAGUAAAUUGCAGCUACUUUUCUCCCAAAUAUAUUUUUUCUCAGAAUAGCAUAGCAUUAGCCAAGUAAGCCAUAGCCUAAACUGCUAUACACGUGGGACCGAAAACAAGUAAGCGAAGAAAACACUAAACAACGUAGAAGAGCGACUUCUCUACCGUAAAUGUGUUUAUUAAAACCACGACGGCUGCUAAACACAAAACACCUAAAAGUUAGUUUGGCGUUUACAUUUGAAGGUGAAAGAGAUUCACUUCCGGUAGUAGUGUCGCUGACUUGUCAACGUCACACGCUGUCGACACGGGGAACAUCUUAGAUUAAGUUGAAUGUAAAUCUCUCCAGGCUAAUUUAUAUUAACAUGGUGGGAAAGAUCAAACAUGUCCGCCAGAAGCUUCACCAGGAGGCCGUGAAGCUCCACACACAGUCUGUGUUAUUACCUCCGAGUGUAACGGCAGAGAAGCCUGCCGCUGCCGCCGCCGCUGCCGCUGCUGCGGCCGCCGCAGGACUACACAAAACAAGUCCUCCACUUCUGGAAAAUAACAAGAACAAUGUCAAACAGGCUCCGGGGGAGAGCUGCUUCCCCUCGGGGAUCUUCGCGGGCACUCACAUCGCUCCAGAGGCGCUGGUACAAACAUUGAAGUUUGAGGAAGCUCCACAUGUACCCGUACCUGCUAAGACAGGCCCAGAGCAGAAGAGAGUCCAGUCAAAGAAAGAGAAGAUGAAGGAGAGGAGGGACAGGUGGCUAAACAAAAUCGGCUCCAUUAAACAGGCCAAGGAACAGCAGGCGGCCGAGGCGCGGAGGCAGGCCACGCCCGUGGUGGGGGACAUGAGGCCGCUGGCCGACGCACUGCCGGAGCUCUCUCAGCUCAUCGCCCCCGCAGCUACAGCCCCUGUCGCUCGCCGCAAGAGCAGGAAAAACAAAGUGCCGGUGAAGAGGCCUGAGCCAACAGACUUCAGCCAGAUGAAACAGUCACAGAAACGCAGACUCCUGGAAACCGAGAGCAGCCGCUUCAGCAGCGCGGUGAAGACCCUCUCGGCCAAGAUGAACCCUCUGGCUGACAUCGGUGAGCAGCUGAGGAAGAGGAUGAGGCAGGAAGAAGAGCAAGGCCCCAGCUAACGGCAGCAAGCUCCAGACGUGCAUCCACAGAUCCCAGGUGCCACUGACGGAGCACGCUGCUCCGCACAGAGGUGCAGAACGAGUGUCGUGUUGGUACAUGUUGACUGUUUCACUCAGUAAUAAACCAGAGUUAACGAUCAGCUUAUUGUGUGUUUCCUACGUGUUGGAGGUCUUCUCCCGAACACACAUGCCUUGUAUUCCGUCAACACCGUCUUCUCAUUGUGCCGAGAACAGUGACUCAUCAGCAAUAACCAUGGCAACUGCACUGAUCCAUGUAAAUGAACAACCCUGGUUUUUCUGGAGACUUUUAUUAUGAAACAUCUGUUUGUACACGAGCCCAUUUUCAAAUAAAAUCCAUCUUUUCACAUACUUAAAAGAUUCCAUUUCAUUCAAACGUUUGUCUUGUUUCACAUAUUUGGAUUUCUCAUCAUUUUCUCAUUUUAUGAUUUUGAGAAAAUAAGAAAAGCAUCCUUAUAAUAAAGCAGUAAUGUGACAAUAAUCAGAAGUCCGUCCUGAUGGAUUUGGACGUCCUGCAUGUAAAACUAUGUAAGUAGUAUCUGGAAAAUGUACUUACAGUAUGAAGAGCAGCGUCACUGUGAGUGUUAAUACACUAAUUAUACUGCACUACUGUAAAUGUGAAUAUUAAUUCACCUCUGAAAAUGUAGUACAAGUACCUCAUAGCUGAACUUAAGUACAGUGCUGGAGUAUCUGUGAAGGGCUCCGGUUUGAUCUUCUGCUCCAUACAUGGAAGAAGAUAUGAUGAGCCUCAUCAGUGCUGCCAUUAGGACUCAUUAAUAAUGCACACGAUGGGCACAGUGUCAAAGUAAAAGUAAUCAGAGCUCAUUGUAACUCCGCACCUCCGCAAUCUGGAGACUUCAGACCACGCUGACUCAAGUGACAUCACUCGAGGACAUUUAUCCGACUUCCUCUGGUUUUAUACAACACUGGUGUGUAAAGUCAGGAAAGAUUAGAUAUUAAAGUAAUAUUAUUAAAAGUGGGAAAGUGGUAUCUAUGGACGGAAAAUAUAAAGAUUACAUUUAUGUGUUGUGAUUCAGAUCUCCGGACUUUAUAGUUGUAGUUUCUACAUCAUGUCACUGGACUGUGCUGAAGCUGAAGAUGUUCCACUCUAACAUGUGAGCACAAUGUCAAACUAAAAUAUUGAAGGACUUAAAGGUUAAUAUUAGAAUAAUAUAUUUGUUUUUCGUGGACAAAUCUCACAAAAACAAAUUGGGGACUAUUUUCAGCGGUGGAUGAAUCCACGUUUGGUGCUGUAGUGAGUGUGUGUGUUCACCCUGUGCUGCAGUUUGGAGCGCUGGUGACUGUUUAACAAACACCAGAGGCAGAAGACACAUCAGGCGCUAAUACACGCAGUACUUGGUAGUAUCGGAACAAUAACUUUACUUUGGUUGAGGUUUCACUUCAGAGGUGUGAAGAGGUCUUCACUCAUGUUGCAUCAUUACAGCUGUGAUGGACUGAUGUUAUUUUGUUGUUAGGACAAGGUUAUUGUCAAAGAUCCUUCCUCACCAGCCUUUCAUAUGCAAAGGAACUAAAGCUGUGAGAUAAACACAGUGGAGGAUAAAUAGAAAUAUUAAAGUUCCUCAGAAAAGUGCACACCUGGGAACAAAACGUACAUUGAUCGGCUCUUUUGACUCUAUUUUCACGCUGUAUUUUCCAGAUCAACAGCUGUUUGGUGAAUAAUAGAGCUGCGGAUGUUGAGAAAGCCUCCCUUCGCCUCCUGAGUGCUGUGUAGGUGAUUAAGCAGAUGAAAGUUGCCGCAGGGUUUCCUCCCGCCUGGCUGCCUCCUUUAAAACACAGCGUACGCUUAAUGAGUCACUCUGCACUCAGAUUAACCUGAGGACGUCCCAGUGACGCUAAUGUCUGACACAACACAGGAUUAAAGGCCCCAACGUGUUUCACAGUUUGUUUUGGUUU